AUGUCGGCUCUUGAUGAUUUUAAUUUAGACGACAUGUUUGCCGAGGGCGGCGACGCCCUCUUCGGUUUUGACCAGGAUUUGAUGGGGGGAAUGGAUGCCAUUGUGGAUCAGGAACGCAAAGGUGGUAGCAACGGCAAUGCUCCAGCGCCAGCCGCGGCGGCUCCGCCCACUAUGCCUUCAGGGCCUAGCAACAAACGAACCGGACCGCGGACCAAAAGAUCCAAUCCCAUGGUUCCCGAAGAGGAACCAACCAAAAAGGGAAGAAACAAACGAAAAUCCAAGGCAGCAGCAUUAGCCUUGGACGAUGAUGUCGAGCUCCUCGAAGAUGGGCCUCGAAAGAAACGCAAGGCCGCUAUCAAAAGCAAGGGGGGUAAGGCUGAAUUAGAUAUCGGCGGUAAGAGCAAAAAGAAAAAGGGUGCCGCUCAAACCAAGCAGUCCAAGGCCGGAUUUGUGCCCUCCGUUCCCGCAGUUGGACAAUUUGGAGCAAGAGCCACCUCUUCCAAAUUCAAGAAACCAAAGAAAAAGGGAGCUCCUGUAGUGGAGGAUCCCGUCCCUCCAACAAUGACCAACCUGCAAAAUGUCUCGGCUUCUGUGGUCACGAAGCAACUGCCCAAACAGGAACCGACCUUUUGUGGGUUGCAGCCCAGCAAGAUCAUGUUUUAUCCAUUUAUGGAAUCGGUUCCUCCGGAACCGAACCUGAAGAACAAGAAGUUAUAUCCUGGAUUCGACAAAAUCGCCAGUACCUUUACUAAUUCCAUGGUAAAGCCUCUCGAAAAGUUGGAAGAGGACGAGUUUACUCAGGGCCUAAAUAUGGAAUCUCCAGUCUUUGCUCUAAUCAGUGAGACGUUUGAAGCCAUUAGCGACAAGGAACGCCAAAACUUUAACGAAGAAAAGAAGCAGACCCUCCUCAAGACCGUUCCCCAUUUGCGAAAAUACAUUUCCAAGUUCGAUAGACAAAAAGUCAUCGCCGAUGUCUAUGCGCUGUUGGGGCUGCUGGGGCGACAGUACAAUUUUCUCCAGACCUCGUUGGACAAUAUGCAAGCUUGGUGUCAAACCGAAUUCACACCACAAGAUUACAAGGCGACCUACGAGGCUGACGAACAAAGCAGAGCCUCCAAGUAUCAGCGAUGGAAAAAGCCAGUCGUCAAAGUCAAUGUGACCUGCCCAGGACAAAGGGAACCAGGGCCGCUCAUAGCCAUUCUUCCACAAUCGGUAGUGAUCGUUAAAACUCCAACUGCUCCCGAGCUGACCCAUGUUACCACAGCUCCCACCGCAGCUAUAAGUGCCCCGGGGAGUGUUGUCAGUGUCGCCCCGAGCACUGGCAGUACUUCUACCAAGAAGAAGAGCAAGUCAAAGCCUAGUUUCACCACCAGCACACCACCAGUUCCGGCGGCUCCCAAGACAUAUGUGGAAUGUACGCCGCAGGAACGACGAUCCAUGAUUGCGGAACGAGUCACCGAAAUUGCCAGCGAACUCCAAGAGAAAUAUCGACAAGAGCAACUCAAACAAGACAGUGGUUGCAAGAAAGCAUUUACUGUCACAGAAGACGAGACGCUAAACACGCAACAAAUGUGGGACUUUGCGGAAAAACAGGGGUUUCACAAGGUCCCAUCGUCGUCUUUGUUGUCCAUGGAGUCAUUGCACAUUCGCCCUAACAAAGUGUUGCUUUCGGAUCCUUCCAAGAUUCGGGGAUGGCAAAAACGCCAGCAGCAACAUCCGCAACAGCAGUAUUUGCAUCCACAACACCUACAGCAACAAAUCGAACUGGGAAGGGUUCCACUGCCAGCACAUGCGGGCGAAGAUGUUUCUCCACCAGUUCCUGGCCCCGAAACGGAACCAAGCAAGGAGAACAUAGAAAAGGAGCGACAAGGCGACGAUGACGAACAGAUUAGAAUAUCUUCCAAUUCUUUGUUUGAUCGAUUACAGUCCUUGUUGGUAGAGGAGGACGAUGACGAGAAUGAUGUUUCGGAAGGCGAAGCAGACAGUGACAGUGACGACGAUUCGUCAAGAAAGGGGGAUGACGAAUCCUUGGGAUUCUUGGACGAAGCGGAUGAGGACCAAGAUAUCACAGAUCCCAUGCAAGCACCCAACUUGCCUGUCGUAGAUCUAUCCAGCCUUUCAUUAGAGGAGAGGACCUUUAUUCAUUUGUCCAAAAUUGGUUUGAUAGGUUCUUCCUUGUAUCCCAAGGCUCGUCUGACACUUUCAAGUGCAGAGGAACAUUCGGACGAACAUGAUUUCUGCAAUGUCAUUGGCAGCAUGACGGAAGACUUGUCAGAGAUCACUGCCAAGAAUAAUGCCCGAGUUCAAUUUUUGGAAUCUGCAGUCAUCAGAAUGGAUCUGCCAAAUGCCAAGCAAUUGGAGGAUCAACAAAAUAGCUUGAUCACCAAGUGCCAGAAUUUGAUAAAACGGAACAAGGAAAAGGCCAAGAAGAAUAGCAGCAAAAAGAAAGAUGACUUGAAUUUACCGUGGUAA